AUUUGCGAAUCUAUUUGUUGAAAAUGCAUUAAUAAUUCUUGAAAUUCAUGAUUCCCUUUCUGAUAAUGCCGCCUACACUGUUAGUGUAAAUCUUCCUCCUAUUAACUAUUCUAAUGAGAUGAUGGAUAAUAAUAAUAUUCCAGUUAAUAAUAUCCCUGUCAAUAAUACCUUUAUUAAUAAUGUCCCUAUUAACAAUAUCCCUAUCAAUACUGCAA